GCGUACAGACACGUGGACACGCCUCCGGUGUUGACAGCGUGAAUGGCCAUGGCGGGACAGCUCAAGAAGCGUCUGAAGGAUGCAGUAAAGAUCCUGGGAUGUGGCAGCACCCUAUUCCUAGGAUACCUUACUGCGUCUGGGGACGAGCGUUUCUAUGCUACUACGCUCAUGCCGGUGCUGCAAAGGCUUGUGGGAGCAGAAACAGCCCACGUCAUGGCCGUGCGCUUACUCAGCCUAGGCGUGUUGCCGAGAAGUCGCUACCAGGAUCCUGAAUCACUGGCGGUAAAUGUAAUGGGACGGAGGUUCAGGAAUCCUGUUGGGAUGGCGGCAGGCUUUGAUAAGCAUGGUGAGGCAGUGGAUGCUCUGUAUCGGCUGGGCUUCGGCUUUGUCGAGGUGGGUACGAUCACCCCAAAACCACAGGAGGGAAAUCCAAAACCCCGUGUGUUCAGACUUGUGGCUGACCAGGCAGUUAUUAACAGAUAUGGCUUCAACAGCUGUGGCAUUGUAGCUGUUCAGGAGAGAUUAAAAGCUAGAGAAGGAGUUCAGUCUGAGCUCACAAAAGCCGGCAGACCGCUAGGCAUCAACCUGGGGAAGAACAAGCAGUCCACUGAUGCCGUGGCUGAUUACCUGGAGGGAGUGAGGAUGCUUGGCCCCCUCGCUGACUAUCUGGUUGUAAACGUGAGCAGUCCGAACACGCCAGGCCUCAGAGACCUACAGGGAAAGACAGAACUGCGCCAUCUUCUGAGCCAGGUCCUGAAAGCGAGAGACUGUCUGCAAGGAACGAAUCGGCCACCGGUGAUGGUUAAGAUCGCUCCGGAUCUCUCCCAGCAGGACAAGCAGGACAUUGCAGAGGUCAUCACAGAGCUUGGUGUGGAUGGUUUAAUUGUCACCAACACCACAGUGUCCAGGCCAGAGACUCUGCAGGACCACAACAGGAACGAGGUGGGAGGUCUGAGCGGGCAGCCUCUUAAAGACCUGUCCACUAACACAGUACGGGAAAUGUACACCUUAACGGAAGGCAAGGUGCCCAUAGUUGGUGUAGGUGGAGUGGCUAGCGGACAGGAUGCCCUGGAUAAGAUUCGUGCCGGAGCAUCUUUGGUUCAGCUCUACACAGCGCUGGUGUAUCGGGGUCCUCCAGUCGUAACCAAGAUCAAACGGGAACUCCAUGAGCUCUUAACGGAGCAAGGAUUCAAUAGUGUAUCAGAAGCAGUAGGUGCUGAUCACAGGAUGCCUCAUUGUGUGGCAUCAUCACACCCAUGAGGAGCAACAGUAAAUCAGGCUCUAAAGCACUGCUUGUGUGUAACUUACCAGCUCAGAUUGGUGUUGGAUGCUGGAGUCUGACACAUGGGCACGUGAGCUAAAAUGUUUAAUCGUGGGCCAGUAUGGAAUUGAAAAUGUUUGGGUAUACGAGGUGACGUGAUGAAGCUCAGGUCAAGUUUUAGAAGUGCGAUCCAAGACGGAGUGCUAUCAUAACAUACUGUAACAUAGGACAGAGACUCAUUCCUGAACAUUAAACAAGCUGACCAUGGAUCAGCGUUUGUAAUGGAUUGGUGAUGUGCCUUGUGAGAUUUGUAUAUUGUAAUAGGAAUAUAAUAAAUGUCAUAUAAAAGUA